UUCGGCGAGGGCUACACGUACGGCGCCCAGCUGCAGAAGCGCUGGCCAGGCCAGGAGCGCCUCUACCUGUCGGGCGACGCGGACGAGAUCCCCGAGUGGGUGCACCAGCUGGUGAUCCAGAAGCUGGUGGUGCACCGCGUCAUCCCUGCGGGCUUCGUCAACAGCGCCGUCCUCAACUACUACCAGCCUGGUGGCCGCAUCGUGUCUCACGUGGACCCCAUCCACAUCUUCGAGCGCCCCAUCGUGUCCGUGUCCUUCUUCAGCGACUCCGUGCUCUGCUUCGGCUGCAAGUUCCAGUUCAAGCCUAUCCAGGUGUCAGAGCCUGUGCUUUCCCUGCCUGUGCGCAGGAAGAGCGUGACUGUGCUCAGUGGAUAUGCUACUGAUGGAAUCACUCACUGCAUCCGGCCUCAGGACAUCAAGGAGCACAGAGCAGUCAUCAUCCUCAGGAAAUCAGGUUUAGAUGCACCCUGGUUGGAAACAAAGUCCCUGAGCAGCUCCGUGUUACCACCCAGCUAUGCCUCAGAUCAUCUGUUGGGAAACAACAGGGACUCCGCUCUGAAACCCAAGCGGUCCCACCGCAAGGCAGACCCUGACGCUGCCCACAGGUCUCGGAUCCUGGAGACGGACGAGGAGAACCAGCGCUCGGUGCUGCUGCCCACGCACCGAUGGAGGAGCAGCUUCAGCUCAGAGAACUACUGGCUCAAGUCAGACGAACCCGGGGAGGACUGCUCGGAGGUGGCGGGCAGUCCCGUCCCCAAGGUGAAGAUGCAGCGGCACUGA